AUGACCUCUAUUUUCUCCAUGACUCUCUCAAUCUUCUUAAUUUCUUCAAUUUUCUUCCAUUUCUCCACAGCGUUGGGUGGUGGAGUUGGUGGUUGGAAACCGUUAAAUAACGUUAAUGACCCUGAUGUGGUUAUGAUUGGCAAGUUUGCUGUGAAUGAACAUAACAAAGAAGCAGGGACAAAGUUGGAAUUUCAAAGUAUAGCCAAAGGAGAAACUCAAGUUGUUGCUGGCACAAAUUAUCGACUAGUAAUUAACGCUAAGGAUGGUGGUUAUGUUCGUAAGUAUUUGGCAGUUGUUUGGGAUAAGCCAUGGGAGAAAUUUAAGAAACUUACUUCUUUUAAAGAAAUGUAA